AUGGCGGGCAAUCCAUCUCAGGAAUCGAAGCAAUUCAUCGUAGGGACCUUUACAAAUGAAUUAAGACGGGCGAGGGAUUGCCGGCCCGGUGGAGAUACAAUAUCUCAUAAGGAGAGAUCAUUACUUUUAAUACGAAGCCUGUUUCCAAAGAAGAGACCUAUCUAUCGAAUAAUCGAUUGGACUUUUUAUCCAACAUUGUGUGAAAUCUAUUUUUGGAUGGAUUUUAUCAUGGCACAGUAUCCUGAAAUAGUUACAGGUUUCGACAUCGGUCGUUCGUACGAAGGCCGUUUAAUACGGGGCGUAAAGCUUUCUUUCAAGCGCGACAGAAAAGCAAUUUUUAUUGAAUCAAAUAUUCAUGCUAGAGAGUGGAUAACGUCAGCUGCCUGUACAUAUUUAAUCAUGGCGUUAUUGUUUUCAAGAGAUCCUGAUGUGCGCGAGCUGGCCGAAAGUCUUGAUUGGUGGAUCAUACCUGUAUUAAAUGUUGAUGGUUUUGCUUACUCGCACGAGAAGGAACGAUUGUGGCGUAAAUCAAGAAAACCUGCUAGUCCAGAUUGUAUCGGCACCGACCUAAAUCGUAAUUUUAAUUAUAAAUGGUCACUUAGAAGAUGUACCGAUCCUCGCUCAAAUGUAUACAGUGGGCCUCAUCCUGAAUCUGAGCCAGAAGUUCAACAGCUCAUAGAAUUUAUUAACAAUUACAUACCAGAGGGUUCUAUUAAAAUUUAUGUAGCAUUACAUUCGGCCGCUCAAGCAGUACUUGUACCGUGGACCCAUACAAAAGUACCGCCUAAAAAUUAUGAUAGCCUGAUGUAUGUGGCCAAAGCUUUUGUUGAGGCUUUGUAUCCCCGAUAUCACACCAAAUAUCGCUGCGGAAGCAGCGCUAACAUUCUCAAAAUGUUUUCUGGGGGCAGCAAAGAUUGGGCCUACGCGGUGAAGCAUAUACCAAUAGCUUUCACGAUUGAAUUACCCGGUAGGGGCAGACCAAAACCUUUUGAGUUACCAGAGAGAGAGAUUUUACGCACAAGUGCGGAAAUGUUAACAGGUUUUAUAGGAAUGAUCAAAGCUGUUAAGGAACUUGGUUACAUUUAA